CGCUCUAAGACGCCUGGCGGCGCAUCUUGGUUCGCCAUAGAGUUCUGUUGGAAGGCGGCUGCAGUCAGUCAGCUCAGUGUGAGUUUAAACAGGUCUAGAAGAACAGUGGAUGGUGCAGGACUGAACAGUUACUGUGAUGAUGUUGAAGAUGUAUCAUGGCUUGCGCAAAACAUUGUGCCGUUAAAUACCUUGAAAAUAAAUGGGCAGAUCUGGUGACACAUCUACAAAACCUUCCUCUCAUCGUUGAUAAUCUCCGUCAGCGCAAGGUAUUCGGUGUCCAUCAACUUGAUGCUCUCGAAGCAGAGAAAACAGAUUUUGACAAAGCAAGAUUUAUAUUGAGCUUUGUCACUAAACAAGGGGAGAAAGCCAGUUAUGAGUUACUCAGGAUCCUCGAUGUCACCAGGAAAAGGACAUUACAUCAAGGUUUACACAUCUGGAUCAGCUGUUUCUCCUUCAGGGAAGAUGCUGAGACCAACUACAGUGUUGGUACGGAGCCCUGUCGGAACUACCAGAGAGUGCUUAAAGAGCAAGCUAAAAACAUUCUUAAGAGACAGUGGGAGCAGCACUAUAAAUACCUGAACUACAAAACAGAAGAAGACUUCACUUACAUACCUGUAGUCCUGGACACAGACACAGAGGUGAACUCUGCACAAAAUAAAAUUAAAAUGAAAAACAGGAAGUGCAAGAAACUGCGUCACAAAAAACUAAGGAGCUACAUUCCUGAGCAGAAACAGAAACUCACACCUGAAGACCUUCUGAACAGCCAUGAAAAGACAAUCCUGCUUAUAGGAAAACCUGGAAUAGGGAAAACAUCAGUCGUCCUGGAAAUGCUCUCCCACUGGUCCCAAAAAGACAAAAGAGAAUUAGACUACAUGUUUUACUUUGAUGAGGCUACACUAAGCCAGAUCUCGAACCCUAUUUCAUUGGAAUCUCUUCUAUUUGAUCUGUACUGCAAACCACAAAAAAAAAAAGAUAGAGAGGAAGUCUUGCAGGAUAUUGAGGAAAACGCAGAGAGUGUUAUCAUUGUGUUUGAUGGCAUCAGUACUUUACAGAACAACCCAUCCUUACAGAAGAUCAUGAAUCGUGACCUUCCUGAAGCGAAGAUUGUCCUGACAUGCAGAUCAGAGUCGGAAGAUGAUUCCUUUUUGACGAUCAGGUCUCUGUGUAAAGUCUAUGUUCAGGGGUUCAGUAAGGAGUCUGUCUGUAAAUACUUUGAACAGAUGAUGGGUUCUGAUUCAGAUCGUCUGAGUUUAGUGUUGAACAAUCAAGAACUGGUCAGUCUUUGUCAUGUACCAGUGUAUGCAUUCAUGGUGGCAGCCUGCAUGUCUUUCAGAAACCCAACAUCUCCCAAGUGUCCACUGACCGUUACAGAAAUGUAUGUCCAAAUCCUCCGUCAAGACUUGAAAAAAGCUGGAAACAAAACCUCCAGCCAAGUCGAUAAGUACAUAAAAGAAAUUAGGGAUCAACUUUUUCCCCUGAUGGAAAGUGCCUUCAGUGCAACAUUGCAGAAAACUGUGAACCUGCCAAAUAUUCACAGUGCUGAUCCUGAAAUUAGUAAAGUUGUGCUGAAAACAGUCACCAUUGAAGACUCUCCCACCUCUGUUGAACAAUACCAUGCAUUUCCUCACAGUACAGUCCAGGAGUUCUUCUCUGCAAUGUGGCUGCUUGUGAAUCCAGCUGAGAUUGACAGGGUUCUCCAAGUUUGUCUGACUGAAGAUCAAAAGCACCUGAAAUACAUGAUUCCUUUCCUCUGUGGACUUUUGUCAAAACAGAAUCAUAAACUCCUGAAGAAUCUCUUUCUGGAGGAUCAAAUCAAAAGAGCCUCUGACAAAUUCUUCAUAAAACUCAUGAACACGUUUUUUCAGCCUCAGUCAAAUGGAGAGCUUAUGGAUGAAGAUGUUGAUGCUGUCUUUGUGUGUCAGUGCCUGUAUGAGUCUCAGUCACCUGAUGCUUGCUUGCUGUUCCUGGAGAAAGUGAACUAUCAUCUAGACUUGAGUGGAAAUGAUCUUGAUCCCCAUCAGUGCUGUACUGUGUCUUAUGUGAUCAGCCAGUCCAAUGAAAGACAGGUUCACCUGAGCUUGGAGGACUGCAGUAUAUCUGACACUGGGAUCCAGAUGAUUCUCAGAAUCGCACCACAUCUUAGGUGUAAGUCUUUAACUCUCUGUCAUAUAUGGAUGUCAGUGCUGGGUUGUGAGAGACCCAGAGAUUUCACAGCUUUACUGGAUGUCUGUGGGAAGCAGAUGCACCUUCCUGUUCUUGGUGAAACAUCCAUGUUUAGAAAGGCUGGAAAGAUCAUAAGAGAAAGCUCAGAGAAAAUCAGCCUCCAUCUACACUUUGAAGAAGACUCACAGCAGCUCAGUGAUGCCCACUGCAGCAUGAUUAUCGAGACACUUCCACAGAUAAGCUCACUAAGGUUUGAGUUUCCUGAUAAUUCUCCGAUGCUGACUGAGCGCAGAUCACAGAUAAUCGAGUCUAUUCAGUGUGAUCUUGUGCUACGAGGGGCCAUUUUUGAAAUGCAGCAAAAAGACACUUUGUCAUCAGUGUUGAGGCUCUUCUAUGAGGAUCCGUUUGAUGUUUGUGAUUUUUUGAUAAAGCUACGUUUCCUCGUCAAAAGCAUGGAAGAAUUUGACACCUUAAAAAUUGCAUAUGAGUUCAUUCCACCAGUCUGGAUCAUAAACCUCUCAGAGAGAAAGAGCUCCUUCUUCCUAGAAGUGCUGAAACUCCAAAGAGUGAAGAAACCAGUAGAGCUGACAGGUUGGUCAGAUGAAGAGAGUGAAGUGAGGAGUUUCCUUCAGUGUCUGCCCUACAUCUCCCAGCUGAGAUUCAGAUCUCCACAGAGUGAGAGUGAUGAGUGGAGCAAGAGAGUGAAUUCAUUCCUGCUGGAUCUGUGUCUGCAAGCAGCUCUAUAUCAGAAAGAGGAGAUUCACACAACUGUAGAGGAGCUGAUGUGGUACGCCUAUGCUGAAAAAGGAGAGUUUCUUCUGGAUCUGUUCUCACAUGUGAAGAACUAUGAGACUCAAACAGGCAGGAGUGUUCUUCCAGCAUUACAGCCAGUUUACCAGUCAGCUCCUGCAGAGUGGAUCAUUAACCUCUCAGAGAGAAAGAGCUCCCUCUUCCUAGAAGUGCUGAAACUCCAAACAGAGAAGAAACCAGUAGUGCUGACAGGCUGGUCAGAUGAAGAGAGUGAAGUGAGGAGUUUCCUUCAGUGUCUGCCCUACAUCUCCCAGCUGAGUUUUAUAUCUCCACAGAGUGAGAGUGAUGAGUGGAUAAAGAGAGUGAAUUCAUUCCUGAUGGAUCUGUGUCUGCAAGCAGCUCUAUAUAAGAAAGAGGAUAUUCACGCAACUGUAGAGAAGCUGAUGUCGUACGCCUAUGGUGAAGAAGGAGAGUUUCUGCUGGAUCUGUUCUCACAUGUGAAGAACUGUGAGACUCAGACAGGCAGGAGUUUUCUUCCAGCAUUACAGCCAGUUUACCAGUCAGCUCCUGCAGAGUGGAUCAUAGACCUCUCAGAGAGAAAGAGCUCCUUCUUCCUAGAAGUGCUGAAACUCCAAAGAGUGAAGAAACCAGUAGAGCUGACAGGUUGGUCAGAUGAAGAGAGUGAAGUGAGGAGUUUCCUUCAGUGUCUGCCCUACAUCUCCCAGCUGAGAUUCAGAUCUCCACAGAGUGAGAGUGAUGAGUGGAGAAAGAGAGUGAAUUCAUUCCUGCUGGAUCUGUGUCUGCAAGCAGCUCUAUAUCAGAAAGAGGAGAUUCACACAACUGUAGAGGAGCUGAUGUGGUACGCCUAUGCUGAAAAAGGAGAGUUUCUUCUGGAUCUGUUCUCACAUGUGAAGAACUAUGAGACUCAAACAGGCAGGAGUGUUCUUCCAGCAUUACAGCCAGUUUACCAGUCAGCUCCUGCAGAGUGGAUCAUUAACCUCUCAGAGAGAAAGAGCUCCCUCUUCCUAGAAGUGCUGAAACUCCAAACAGAGAAGAAACCAGUAGUGCUGACAGGCUGGUCAGAUGAAGAGAGUGAAGUGAGGAGUUUCCUUCAGUGUCUGCCCUACAUCUCCCAGCUGAGUUUUAUAUCUCCACAGAGUGAGAGUGAUGAGUGGAUAAAGAGAGUGAAUUCAUUCCUGAUGGAUCUGUGUCUGCAAGCAGCUCUAUAUAAGAAAGAGGAUAUUCACGCAACUGUAGAGAAGCUGAUGUCGUACGCCUAUGGUGAAGAAGGAGAGUUUCUGCUGGAUCUGUUCUCACAUGUGAAGAACUGUGAGACUCAGACAGGCAGGAGUUUUCUUCCAGCAUUACAGCCAGUUUACCAGUCAGCUCCUGCAGAGUGGAUCAUAGACCUCUCAGAGAGAAAGAGCUCCUUCUUCCUAGAAGUGCUGAAACUCCAAAGAGUGAAGAAACCAGUAGAGCUGACAGGUUGGUCAGAUGAAGAGAGUGAAGUGAGGAGUUUCCUUCAGUGUCUGCCCUACAUCUCCCAGCUGAGAUUCAGAUCUCCACAGAGUGAGAGUGAUGAGAGGAGAAAGAGAGUGAAUUCAUUCCUGCUGGAUCUGUGUCUGCAAGCAGCUCUAUAUCAGAAAGAGGAGAUUCACACAACUGUAGAGGAGCUGAUGUGGUACGCCUAUGCUGAAAAAGGAGAGUUUCUUCUGGAUCUGUUCUCACAUGUGAAGAACUGUGAGACUCAAACAGGCAGGAGUGUUUCUUCCAGCAUUACAGCCAGUUUACCAGUCAGCUCCUGCAGUCUGGAUCAUUAACCUCUCAGAGAGAAAGAGCUCCCUCUUCCUAGAA